CAGAUCUUUGCGUAUAUCCAAGGUCUUGCAGGCAUGGAUACUUCAUGACUGUAUAUCUUGUCUCUGACUAAAUUGAAAUGCUAAUUAGAUUUCUGUAGCCAGCAUGGUUCGUCUCGAGAAACGCACCGUCGUAUCCGUCUUGCUGUUUUCCUUGACACCCACCAAGCCAUACCGCGUCCUCCUCUUUCGCCGGUCUGAAAAGGUCUCGACCUACAGAAAAAAGCUGGCACCGAUAGCAGGUUCCGUGGAACUAGAUGACAAAACCCCGCUCGACGCUGCCUGGCGAGAGUUGAAAGAGGAGACUUGUCUCGGACCACAACAGAUUGAACUUUGGAGGAGAGGUCCAGGGUUCCAAUUCACGGACGAGAAAGCUGUGGUCGGUAAAGAUGGGAAAGGUGAGACAGUUGGAAGAACAUGGCACGUUUGGCCCUUUGCUUUUCGAUUCAAAAAGGAACUCGUAGACGAGCACAACAAUGUUGUUGACCCGUCGGUAUUCAAGAUGAACUGGGAGCAUCUCAACCUUGAGUGGAACUUUGUCGAGGACAUCCUCGAUGGAAAGAUCCUUGACCAGUGCGUACCCCGACUGGAAAUCACCCUCGGACAGGUCUGGGUCGAUCCAGAAAGCCAACUGUACAAAGGAAUGGAAGAAUUGCGCCUCGACCAUACCCAUGGAGCGAGAGAGUUGGCCACAAUGGCGAUCAAAAGCUUGGUGAGGAUCAUAGAAAGGGAUGAUAGUCAGCAGCGAGAGAAGAAGAUGGGGACGUUGUCGUCGGAGGGCCUUGAACGAUGGUGGAAAGAUGUACGUUUGCAAGCUUUCCACCUGGCAUUCAAUGCACGUCCCAGCAUGAGCGCUGCGAUAUCUAGCGCCAUUGUAAAUGCAUUGCAAGCUGCACAGAGUAUCGUUGAUACUGGCGGUCCGACAGUCAUGGAAGAUGUCAAAUCGACCCUGGAAGCGUACGUGGCUAGACGGACGGAAAUCGCUCGGCGGGUGAGUGAGCAAUUCUCGACCCUUUUGAAAGGCAUGUUUCCCUCAACGAACCAAGACGAAAGCGAUAGGACGGUACCGAUCAAAAUUAUGACCUUGAGUUUCUCGUCCACCAUCAAAGCGGCAAUACUACAUGCGUUGGACGAAGACGAAACGCGAACGAUCGAACUUUGCAUUCUCGAGUCACGACCUCUCUUUGAAGGCGCCAGUUUCGCGCAAGCGUUGACGAAAGAAGCACAAGAUCGGUUGCAAGGUCAGAAGGCAGGUCCCCAAAUACAUAGCCGACUACGUAUUUAUGUAUCGACCGAUGCCUCUGUCGGUGUUCUCAGUAGAGACGCCGAUCUUCUCAUCAUCGGCGCAGAUCGCAUCUCCGAAUCUGGGGAUGUAAGUAACAAGACUGGCUCUCUACCGGCGGUAUUGACCAGCAAGGAAGUCACGCAUGGGUCUAUCAAAGUGAUUUGUAUCAGUGAAUCUGACAAGAUUGCUCCUCCAGGAGCAGCUGAAGAGCAUUCAGAGGAGGACAAUGACAAGGCAGAAGUCACGAGGACCUGGACGACAAAUCUUUCUUCCUGCUGGGACGAAAUGGUCACCAUACGUAAUGUAUACUUUGAAUGGGUUCCAGCCAAGUACAUCGACUUGUAUGUCUGCGAGGACGGAGUUUUGGGUCAAGACGAUAUCAAGACAAAGUCAAGAUUGGUGGCAGAUUUGACUACAAAGGCUUUUUCGGAUUUGUCCAAAGCUCGAGAUUUUUGAAUUUGAAGGGUUUAUGACUAUGGAAACAACGAAGGGUUGCUUAUUGUGCCAGCGCCAUUGACUUGCCCAGAUGAAUUCCUCACUUCUCGGAGCUUACGCAGCAGCACGACGACGACGAUUUCGGCGAGCUUCCCUCCUUCUGGCCUUUUCCAGAAUACCUGUUAUACUUAGAAAAAUGACCAGUCUCAACUUUUGAGUGUCCGGUCCAAUUCUCAAGUCUGCCAUCCUCAAUUUACCUUUUUUCUUCCAACUCUUGAAUUUGUUGGCGAGAAACGAAGCGACUACCUCGUCGGCCUCGAUGUCGAUCAACUGAUAACUCUCCAUGUUGAGAGCACGCAAGAACGACCCUCCUUCGACGCCCGCCUGCUCGUCGUGGGUCCUUUUCCACGCAAAGGAUCUCUCGUUGAACUCUAAUCGGUACUCGCUGUGGGUGAUCAUGCUUGCGCAUGUGACUUCGAUGGACGUGUCUGGCGCGUAACUGAAUUGACCACCACCGAUUUCGAGAGUGAAAUUGCGAGAUAAUUUGGGCAAAUGCACGGCCCCUACGACGGGUGCUGAUUCUCCCAUUUCCGCGACGUGUUCGAGAUCGAGAUCGACAUCCUGCCCGUUUGCUGCGAUGCUGCUGCACCCGCCAGGCGGCAAAGCGUGUAAGGUGACGUCCGGUUUGUGAAAGGUGAAUUGGGAGAUUUCGGCGUAAAACAGUGGUUGUUUGGGGUCGGAGCCGAAGGUGUUGUUGUUGGUGAGAACUACCAAACCCCUACUCAACAAUUGAGGAUAAUAGAAACCAUAUUCUUGUUGGUAUUGUUGGACUGGGUUGAUACCACCACCGCCGGCAUAGUUGUUGGUGGAAUACUUUUCUUUGUCGUCAUCAUACAAGGAUCUCUCAGUCGAAGAUUCGGAAGAUCUACGAUGUUGUUGUUGUGAUGCUGCUGAUGAUGAGUGGCCAUGGUAGUUAUUAUAUUCGUUGCCACCCCAAUCUGACAUGUCGGAUUCAUAGAACAGGUCUGAUUGUGGUGGUGGAUGUAGGUUGGAGGAAGCCAUGAUGACUGGUAGAUCAGGUCUGAAUGACAAUGUGGUAUUUUUUUGGGUACGAUUAUAUGAGAAGAUCGGUUCGAAAACUUGGGAUUGUGUCCUUGGUGUGCUUUCGGAGAGAGAGAGAGGUGUACUCGAAGUCUUUAUAUAGAUGAUAAAACUAUAGACUAUAGAUGUACCAUGAAAGGAGUUCACCAAUUUUG